AUGGCUGCUUCCUUUACUCGCCUGGCGGCCAGCGCGCCCAAAAGGCUUUGUCUCCGCCGCUCUACCAUUACCACAAACACGACCGUCCCCAGAACUCGCUCGAUAGCUACGUCUCUACCUCGUCGUUACGCCGAGCCCACCAGCUACCAGGCAACUAGACUCAUUCCAACUGACCCAACAUUCACGUCUCUGGCCAACAAGAAUAACGGCACUGGAGAACCCGAAGUUCCCGCGGGCCUAGAGUCCGAGGAUGAAGGGGUCGGCCGCAAGAUUCGUCACUACACGGUCAAUUUCGGUCCUCAGCACCCUGCCGCUCACGGUGUGCUCCGUCUGAUUCUGGAGCUUAAUGGUGAAGAGAUCGUCCGCUCGGAUCCCCACGUUGGUUUGCUCCACCGUGGUACUGAGAAAUUGAUCGAAUACAAGACAUACAUGCAGGCUCUGCCUUAUUUCGACCGACUGGACUAUGUCUCCAUGAUGACGAACGAGCAGUGCUUCUCGCUAGCUGUCGAGAAGCUGCUUAAUAUUGAUAUCCCCGAGAGAGCUAAGUAUAUUCGGACACUGUUUGGAGAGAUUACACGAAUUCUGAACCAUCUCAUGUCCGUCCUUUCUCACGCUAUGGACGUUGGCGCUUUGACGCCAUUCUUGUGGGGUUUUGAGGAGCGUGAGAAGCUCAUGGAAUUCUACGAGCGUGUCUCCGGUGCCCGCCUCCAUGCCGCCUAUGUCCGCCCUGGUGGUGUGUCCCAAGAUAUUCCGCUCGGUCUCCUCGAUGAUAUCUACCAGUGGGCCACUCAGUUCGGUGAUCGCAUUGAUGAGACUGAGGAACUGCUCACUGAUAACCGUAUCUGGAAGGCUCGAACCCAGGGAGUCGGUGUCGUCAACGCUGCUGAUGCUCUGAACAUGAGCUUCACUGGUGUCAUGCUCCGUGGUUCUGGUAUCCCAUGGGAUAUUCGGAAAUCCCAGCCCUAUGACGCGUAUGAUAAGGUUGAGUUCGAUGUUCCCGUUGGUGUCAACGGCGACUGCUACGACCGAUAUCUCUGCCGUAUGGAGGAGUUCCGUCAGUCCCUUCGUAUUAUCCACCAGUGCUUGAACCAGAUGCCCGCCGGUCCCGUCCGCGUGGAGGACUACAAGAUCACGCCUCCUCCCCGCGCGGCCAUGAAGGAGAACAUGGAAGCUCUUAUCCAUCACUUCCUCCUCUUCACCAAGGGGUAUGCUGUUCCCCCAGGUGAGACCUACUCGGCCAUUGAGGCUCCCAAGGGUGAGAUGGGUGUGUUCGUGGUCAGCGAUGGAAGCGAGAGACCCUACCGCUGCAAGAUCCGUGCUCCUGGAUUUGCUCACUUGGGUGGUUUCGAUCAAAUUUCUCGUGGUCACCUUCUGGCUGACGCUGUCGCCAUCAUCGGUACAAUGGAUCUGGUGUUCGGAGAAGUCGACCGGUAA